UAAAUUAUGAAAAAGGAUGCCAACAAGAAGAUGCUUCAGCCGACAACAAAAAUCGUACAUCCAUCCCUACAUCUUUCUUUACAGUCACAACCUCUACUGUGAUAAUUAUGUUGUGAAUAAUGUAUCUUACAUACUCUAUGACAAGUAACCACACAUUUUUUUAUACAGAGCAAAAGAAAGAAAGAUGUAGGGAUGGAUGUACGAUUUUUGUUGUCGGCUGAAGCAUCUUCUUGUUGGCAUCCUUUUUCAUAAUUUACACCAUCCCUACAUCCCCCUUCAUUUUGAAGAAAUGAUUUUUCCACUUGUAUAUAUGAAAAG